CUUGUGCCCCCAAGUCAUACUUUAUGCACAGGGAUGAGUUUAGAAGUCAACCAAGGCAGAGGACCUCACCACAGUCAGAAAUAAGACAAGGUGAGGUUACAUCCAAAAGACAGAUGACCAAGCACGCAAACCUCGUGAUAUUUCAAGACAUUUCAUUUGUGUCGGUCGCCACCCGAAUGAGUGUCAAUAUAUUGGUGGUCAUACUUGGGAUAGGUGAGAUGUCUUGGAAUUUCAUUUUGUUGUUGGGCUGUGUCUCGCUUCAUAAAAUGGUGCACGGAGACUGGGUAGUUACCAGUUGACUAGUUACUCAAGAGGAUACCGCUUAUCGUGAACUCGGGGAACGAAUUUCUUCCAUAACUCUAGAGUCUCGUGUCCAGAUAUCUAUUGCUUUCCCGGGGGUUCAGCGGAGACUCCAGAC